AUGGCGACUCUCAUCGGUGGAAAACUGAUCUCCCAGGAUGUUCUCAGAGAGGUGUCUGAAGAGCUGCAGAAGGUCAAGGAAACCCAUCCCGAGUUUACUCCCGGUCUCGCAAUAGUUCAGGUAAGAGGAAUAGUAGUGAUGUGUUUAAUUUACAAUUAAUUGGUAGAAGUGAUGUGUUUUCGUCAUCUAAUAUUUUAGAUUAUCGGACUGAUAGUUACGGGUUUGGAAUUAUAAAUUAUUAUAUUAAAUAAGUUCUCAGUUAUUCGGAGUAUAAAAAAUAUAAUCGUUUAAUUUUGGCGAAUUUCUCCAACUACUUCAAAUCUCGUUUCAAUAAUAUGCCAUUGGAUUUUUACACUUUCCCUUGUUUCUGUUGACAAAUUUUGUUAUGUAAACACAAUGUGGAUGCUCGAUGAGUGUAAAAAUUGGCUGAAGUACGUAUUAAAGAAUCCUUCGAUUUCAGGUUGGAGAUCGAAGCGAUUCCAAUGUUUACAUCAGAAACAAGAUGGCCAGAUCUGCGGAAGUUGGAAUAUCGGCCCGUCUGAUUAAACUGGAUCGAUCCACAACUCAGGAUCAACUGGAAGCCAAGAUUCGAGAGCUGAAUGAAGACAAUACGGUUGACGGGAUCAUCGUUCAGGUAAUUCUGAUAAUAAUUACAUAUAGUAGCAUCUAUUUCGAUUUACAGCUUCCUCUUGAUACCGAGAGUAAAAUCGACGAGGACCAUGUCAUCGACGUUAUCGAUCAACAAAAAGAUGUGGAUGGGUUGACCCGGGAGAAUGCUGGCCGUCUGAUGAGAGGAGAAUUGGAGAGGACCAUCUUCCCAUGCACCCCGUAUGGCUGUCUUUAUCUCGUCCAGAAGGCUACUGGCGAUCCUAACUUCGUUUCGGGGAAGAGAGUAGUUGUAAUCGGCCGUUCCAAGAUCGUCGGAUCGCCUGCCGCCGCCCUCUUCAUGUGGCAUCACGGGACUACCACCAUUUGUCAUUCCCGAACCAAAAAUCUGCCCGAGAUCUGCAGAGAAGCAGAUAUCUUGAUAGUAGCCAUUGGGAAGGCGAAAUACGUCCAAAAAGAUUGGGUAAAACCCGGAGCCGUCGUCAUCGAUUGUGGCAUUAAUGUGGAAGAAACGCCUGAAGGAAAGCGACGGCUCUUGGGAGAUGUUGAUUUCGAUGGGGUCAAGGAAGUUGCUGGGUAUAUCACCCCUGUUCCUGGCGGAGUGGGCCCAAUGACUGUGGCCAUGCUGGUCCGCAAUACCUUCCAACAGGGUGUAAGACGGAGAAUCCAGAAGUGA